AUGGACCUGGACAGUGGUAUGGCGGAAGUCGAAACAUACAGACUGUUCAGACUGAUCCUACAAGCUGGAAAAAGCGUGUCUGCUGAAGUCCGGUACAGACACUAUUUACUGCUCUCUUAUCAGAUGGAGGACAGUGGUAACCGUGAAAAAGAUGCACUGGUAGUCUCACGCAGAACAUCACAGUGGUUUCAAAGAAAUGGACCGAUGAAUAUCAACCACUACGCAAAUAAGAAGAGCGCCGCGGAGAGCAUGUUGGACAUUGCCCUGCUGAUGGCCAAUGCAUCCCAGCUGAAAGCCGUGAUGGAGCAAGGACCUUCUUUUUCCUUCUACAUCCCACUUAUCAUUCUUAUCAGCCUGUCACUCACACUGCAAGUUAUGGUGGGAGUGCUCCUGAUAUUCCUUGUAAAAUACGACCUUAACAACCCCGCAAAACAUGGAAAGCUGGAUUUCCUCAACAACCUUGCAACUGGACUAGUAUUCAUUAUAGUAGUUGUGAAUAUUUUUAUCACUGCCUUUGGAGUGCAGAAGCCAGUUGCUGAGUCAGCGUCAAGACAGUAA